AUGGUGUCGGAUUUUCCGACAGUUGGUACUAGUUCAGAUGCUGGUACUAGAUCAGAUGCUGGUACUAGUUCAGAUGUUGGUACUAGAUCAGAUGCUGGUACUAGUUCAGAUGUUGGUACUAGAUCAGAUGCUGGUACUAGUUCAGAUGCUGGUACUAGUUCAGAUGCUGGUACUAGAUCAGAUGCUGGUACUAGAUCAGAUGCUGGUACUAGUUCAGAUGCUGGUACUAGUUCAGAUGCUGGUACUAGAUCAGAUGCUGGUACUAGAUCAGAUGCUGGUACUAGAUCAGAUGCUGGUACUAGAUCAGAUGCUGGUACUAGUUCAGAUGCUGGUACUAGUUCAGAUGCUGGUACUAGAUCAGAUGCUGGUACUAGAUCAGAUGCUGGUACUAGUUCAGAUGCUGGUACUAGUUCAGAUGCUGGUACUAGAUCAGAUGCUGGUACUAGUUCAGAUGCUGGUACUAGUUCAGAUGCUGGUACUAGAUCAGAUGCUGGUACUAGAUCAGAUGCUGGUACUAGUUCAGAUGCUGGUACUAGUUCAGAUGCUGGUACUAGUUCAGAUGCUGGUACUAGAUCAGAUGCUGGUACUAGUUCAGAUGCUGGUACUAGAUCAGAUGCUGGUACUAGUUCAGAUGCUGGUACUAGUUCAGAUGCUGGUACUAGUUCAGAUGCUGGUACUAGUUCAGAUGCUGGUACUAGUUCAGAUGCUGGUACUAGAUCAGAUGCUGGUACUAGUUCAGAUGCUGGUACUAGUUCAGAUGCUGGUACUAGAUCAGAUGCUGGUACUAGAUCAGAUGUUGGUACUAGAUCAGAUGCUGGUACUAGAUCAGAUGUUGGUACUAGUUCAGAUGCUGGUACUAGUCCAGAUGCUGGUACUAGUUCAGAUGUUGGUACUAGAUCAGAUGUUGGUACUAGAUCAGAUGUUGGUACUAGUUCAGAUGCUGGUACUAGUUCAGAUGCUGGUACUAGAUCAGAUGCUGGUACUAGAUCAGAUGUUGGUACUAGAUCAGAUGUUGGUACUAGUUCAGAUGCUGGUACUAGUCCAGAUGCUGGUACUAGAUCAGAUGCUGGUACUAGUUCAGAUGCUGGUACUAGUCCAGAUGCUGGUACUAGUUCAGAUGCUGGUCCUAGUCCAGAUGCUGGUACUAGAUCAGAUGCUGGUACUAGAUCAGAUGUUGGUACUAGUUCAGAUGCUGGUACUAGAUCAGAUGCUGGUACUAGAUCAGAUGCUGGUACUAGUUCAGAUGCUGGUACUAGUCCAGAUGCUGGUACUAGUCCAGAUGCUGGUACUAGUUCAGAUGCUGGUACUAGUCCAGAUGCUGGUACUAGUUCAGAUGCUGGUACUAGUCCAGAUGCUGGUACUAGUUCAGAUGCUGGUACUAGUUCAGAUGCUGGUACUAGUUCAGAUGCUGGUACUAGAUCAGAUGCUGGUACUAGUUCAGAUGCUGGUACUAGUUCAGAUGCUGGUACUAGUUCAGAUGUUGGUACUAGUUCAGAUGCUGGUACUAGUUCAGAUGCUGGUACUAGUUCAGAUGCUGGUACUAGUUCAGAUGCUGGUACUAGUUCAGAUGCUGGUACUAGUUCAGAUGUUGGUACUAGAUCAGAUGCUGGUACUAGAUCAGAUGCUGGUACUAGAUCAGAUGCUGGUACUAGAUCAGAUGCUGGUACUAGUUCAGAUGCUGGUACUAGUCCAGAUGCUGGUACUAGUUCAGAUGCUGGUACUAGUCCAGAUGCUGGUACUAGUCCAGAUGCUGGUACUAGAUCAGAUGCUGGUACUAGUCCAGAUGCUGGUACUAGUCCAGAUGCUGGUACUAGAUCAGAUGCUGGUACUAGAUCAGAUGCUGGUACUAGAUCAGAUGCUGGUACUAGAUCAGAUGCUGGUACUAGAUCAGAUGCUGGUACUAGAUCAGAUGCUGGUACUAGUCCAGAUGCUGGUACUAGAUCAGAUGCUGGUACUAGAUCAGAUGCUGGUACUAGUUCAGAUGCUGGUACUAGAUCAGAUGCUGGUACUAGUCCAGAUGCUGGUACUAGAUCAGAUGCUGGUACUAGAUCAGAUGCUGGUACUAGAUCAGAUGCUGGUACUAGAUCAGAUGCUGGUACUAGAUCAGAUGCUGGUACUAGUCCAGAUGUUGGUACUAGAUCAGAUGCUGGUACUAGAUCAGAUGCUGGUACUAGUUCAGAUGCUGGUACUAGAUCAGAUGCUGGUACUAGAUCAGAUGCUGGUACUAGAUCAGAUGCUGGUACUAGAUCAGAUGCUGGUACUAGAUCAGAUGCUGGUACUAGAUCAGAUGCUGGUACUAGUCCAGAUGCUGGUACUAGAUCAGAUGCUGGUACUAGAUCAGAUGCUGGUACUAGUUCAGAUGCUGGUACUAGAUCAGAUGCUGGUACUAGAUCAGAUGCUGGUACUAGAUCAGAUGCUGGUACUAGUUCAGAUGCUGGUACUAGAUCAGAUGCUGGUACUAGAUCAGAUGCUGGUACUAGAUCAGAUGCUGGUACUAGAUCAGAUGCUGGUACUAGAUCAGAUGCUGGUACUAGAUCAGAUGCUGGUACUAGAUCAGAUGCUGGUACUAGUUCAGAUGCUGGUACUAGAUCAGAUGCUGGUACUAGAUCAGAUGCUGGUACUAGAUCAGAUGCUGGUACUAGAUCAGAUGCUGGUACUAGAUCAGAUGCUGGUACUAGAUCAGAUGCUGGUACUAGAUCAGAUGCUGGUACUAGAUCAGAUGCUGGUACUAGAUCAGAUGCUGGUCCUAGAGUGUAA